AUGUCGAAAGUUUUAAAGAUGCAUGCUAGUAGCAAUUCCAAAUCUAGCAGUUCUGACGACGAUUUAUUGCUUGAUUCAGAACUGUCGAGUGCUACACGUAAGAAACACUUCCUUGAUUAUGAUUAUGACCAUCAGUCACCUCCAACAACAAAUCUAACUAAAAUCAGUGAAGCACAUGGUUCGAAAAUGAUUUCAAAAAGCGGUAAUUCCAUUUCAAUGAACAACAAUAACAAUGCCGCCGUUGAUUCCAAGAAAAAGAUAAUUGAGCGACCAUCUACAUCAAAAACGGCAACAAUCGAUCAAAUGAAUUCAAAAGCGGCUAAUGUCGAUUCGGUUUACUCAAUUUUAUCCAUGUUAGGAUCAAUUAAUUCAGCCGAUGUGACCGCAAAGUUUCUUGAAUUCUCAAAAAAUCGUGAAAUGUGCGCACAACUUCGACUUUCAGGUUGCAUUUCUUUGCUUGUCCAAAUUAUUCAUUCGGAUCAAUGCGACGAAAUUAGACACAAGGAGUGUCUGCAGACAUUACAUAACAUCAUUCAUUGUCAUCCGGAUGAUAAAGCGGGUCGUCGUGAAGCUCGAGUAUUGAAGUUAAUUGAACAACUUUUUGAUUAUUGUGACUCACUUCGUGCAAUUCUCAACAAUGAACUGAGCGAUAGUAUUGAUCGUUAUCCAAUUCAAGCGAUCGGAACGUUAAUGAAAAUCAGCUUUGACGAAGAACAUCGUUAUGCAAUGUGUCAGCUUGGAGCAAUUCAAACAAUUUCAACAUUGAUCCAAUUAGAUCAUGCAGUUCAUGGACCACUUUCAGUUGAUUCUAAUUGUGUGACAAUGCGACGUUAUGCUGGAAUGUGCUUAACAAAUCUAACAUUCGGUGAUGGCAACAACAAAGCUUUACUUUGUUCAAAUAAGAACUUUAUGCGAGCUCUCGUCGAUCAAAUCAAUUCAAAUAGCGAUGAAUUAGUGCCAGUGACAGCGAGUGUUAUAAGAAAUCUUUCAUGGCGUGCUGAUACAAAUAUGAAAGAAGUUCUCAACGAAAUUGGAACUGUUAAGACAUUAACAGUCGUUGCUAUAAAAUGCACACAAGAAAAUACAUUGAAAGCCAUUUUAUCAGCACUUUGGAACUUAUCGAAUCAUUGUGCCAAGAACAAAGCUGAAUUUUGUGAAAUUAAUGGUGCCAUUGAGUUCUUAAUUGACAUGCUUUCAUAUGAGGCUCCGAGUAAGACAACAUCAGUCAUCGAGAAUGCUGGCGGAAUUUUAAGAAAUCUUUCAACUCACAUCGCACUUCAUGAAGAACUUCGCGUAAUUUUAAGGAGAAAGAAUUGUUAUGGAAUUCUGUUGCAACAAUUAAAGUCGCCGAGUCUUACAGUUGUUUCGAAUGCAUGUGGAACGUUGGGAAAUCUUUCAGCACAUUGUGUUGACGAUCAGAAAUUUCUGCGCGACAAUGGAGCAAUUCCAAUGUUAAGAUCGCUCAUCUUUUCGAAGCAUAAAAUGAUAUCAACUGGAAGUACAAUUGCAUUACGUCACUUAACAGCUUGCAAGUCGAAUGUUUCACAUAAUGGAAAUUUAGAUUCGGUUGCAAAAAUGAUGGAUUUGAAAGAACUUCCAACGUUAAAUGUUCGUAAGCAAAAAGCACUGGAACAUGAGUUGAAUAUGUCGCGACAUGUUGACGACACAUCACCAUCAUCGAAAGAUGACAAAACGAAAGAUUUCAAUGGAACAUCGAAAGAAAAAUCAUCAAAACAUAAAGUACAAGAUAUUGAAGAUGAUGACGAAGAUUCGCCGACAAACUUUAGUAAAUUUGAUGAUGAUCAAGAUGAACCUGAACAGGAGACUUAUCAAGAGACAAAUCUUGACCAAAUUACUGACUAUUCAAUACGAUACGCUGAAAAUCAAUCAGAUUCUGAUGAUGAAGUGAAGAAACCUACAACUAAUAACGACGACACAGUAAAAUGUUACAACACUGAAGGUACACCACACGCUGUCCUUUCCAGUGCUGGUUCCUUAACUGAUUUACGUAAGGAAAAGUUAAAGAAAAGUGUCGAGGAAGCCAAAGUUUCGUCGCAUGUUUCAGGCACUCAAAGUCCUGAGAAAACUGUCAAUUACUGUGUUGAAGGUACGCCAGCAAAUUUCAGUCGUUGCGAUUCUCUUAGUGACUUGGAAGAAGGUUUAGAAGCGAAAGCUGAGAAAGUGGAAGUGAAGAAAACGCCAGUUAAAGUUCCACCACCACCAUUGACGAUUCGAAAAGAAUUUCAUGGAGAGAAGGAAUCAGUUGCAGCAACACCAAAGUCAGUUACAUUUGUGAACACAGCUGACGAGACACCUUUGAUGUUUUCGAGGACAAGUUCGAUUGGAUCACUUGACAGUGCGGAUCCAGUAUUUGCUGAUGACAAGAGUUCUGUCGUUAGUGACUUUAGCCGUUUGGCCAGCGGUAUAAUAUCACCGUCAGAGUUCCCUGAUUCACCGACACAAAGCAUCCCGCAAUCACCAUCGAGACUUCAAACGAGAGGGUAUCAGAAACAUGCGACAACAUCACGAACACCUCCACUUCCAGUCACAAGAGAAAAUCUCGGAGGUGAAGCUGCUGAAGACGCUACAAACACAUUUCAAAUUGAAAACACGCCAGCAACUUUCUCUUACGCGACAAGUUUAAGUAACUUGAGUUUUGACGAUGAACCAAAGAUUUCAACUGACGCCAUUUCAAAAGAUUUUCAACUUAUGAAGCAUCCGAGUGUUGAUGAAGAUGAUCAAAGAGUUAGAAGAUCGCCAAUUAAUGAAAAUACUGGAAAUGAUGUAACUCAAGAACAGCAUGAUCAACAGCCACCAGACACAGCUGAUCAUUCCGAUGUUGAAUCAGCUGAUGACAAUAUUCUACUUGAGAGCUGCAUCAACAUUGGAAUGAAUCGAGUGACCAAAGCAUCUGGCAGUGGAGUUAACAAUUUAGAAAAUGACUCCAAUGCAUCUGGAAUUAACAAAAAUCUUACAACAAAGGUUGUAAAAGAAAAUCCUAUUGACAUGAUGCGAGGUGGUGCACCAUUAUUGCCACCAUAUCUUCCAGUUCAUGACGAAGUUAAUAAGUUUACUGUUGAAGAUACUCCAUGUAAUCUUUCAGUGAUGUCAGGAUUGUCAGCAAUAACAAUGGAAUCAAAUAUGAAUGCAAUUCAAACGCAAAAUAUUAAAAAAUUCAUUCAAAGACCUACAGCGAAAAUCGAACCAACAAUUCGAAGCGAUGAAGCUGCUGGAACAUCAAAGAAAUCACCAGCAAUGCUUGCACCUCAAAAAGUUGACUUUGAAGACUCGUUAAGUUCGCUAUCAAUUGAAUCUGAAGAUGAUGGUAAUUUAUUGAGUCAGACGAUUGCAGCUGGCUUGAAUAAGCCAGCAAAACAAGAUACAUCAACAAGUCAUCCGAUAAAUAUUCCAACAAAACCGCGAGCUUCAGCAGAAUUAUGCAAUGAAUCAAUAAGCUCUGUAGAUUCGUGUGGAAAAGAAGAUGCAAAUGUAAUACUAGAACAAUGCAUUCAAAGCGGAAUAAAUAAAGUCGUGAAGAAAGAAACAACAAAGAGUAAGUUAGUAACAUCGUCGCCUAAGAAAUCAAUGCUACCAAAGCCCGGGACAAGUAAACUUCCGAAACCAGAUAAAAAGAUUCUCGAAAAGAAAGAUGAAGAAUUACUUCAAGAAUGCAUCGCAACUGGAAUUUUAAAGAACACGAGACAAGAUAAAAGUAAUCUCGUUCAAAAUUUCACACAACUUUCCAUUUCGGAUCCAAAAAACGCGCAAUCUACGUCUGUAAUUGCAAUGGACAAUCAUCAUCAUCAAUGUGUGUCCACAAUUACAGGCGUAGAAGUAAAAGUCGCAGAGAACAACACGACGAUGAUAAACAGCAACGAAUGCAACUUCUCGAAUCACGGCCAAGACGAAAAUAUCGCUUCAAAAAGCGAACUUUCUCCCCAGGAAAAUUGGAUGAUGCAAAAUGGGUUUGAUUUGAAUUUAUCGCUUGGCAGUAUGGAUGAGAAUAUUUUGGAAAGAUCAAACGAAUAUCCAGCUGCAAAGCCAACCAUGAGUGCUUAUGGUGACUUUGAUGAUGAUUCAAUAAUGGAAGUGUCAAAUGAGUUCAUGAUGGAGAACGAGAAGAUGGCAGAAGCAAAAAUUGAAGACAAACACAAAGAUCCGGAUUUAAUGAUGAAAUCUGUCGAUAGAUUAACACAAGAAUUAGUUUCAACUGCUGAGUUUCUAAGAAAAAAUGCAUGCAGUGACGAUAGUGGUGAACAGAAGAUGUCAAACAGCAUCAGCAACAACACAUGGAAUGAUGAAAAUUCUUUUCCAAGCAUUAGCAUUUCUGCUCCGAUGAUUGCAUCAACGAAUGACGAAAUAACAAUUGCAACUGAUCAAAUUUAUCCAAUGCCAGAAGAGAAAGUCGAACCGCAAAUUUUUGACGAUAAAACACCAACAAAUGAAGUUUAUAAGUUUGACGUUACCGACGCUCCACCAGCACCACAACAACAACAACCAAAAAUUGACUUCAAAGUUGGCGGCGAAAUUGGAACAUCACAAACAGUAAGUAAACUAAAUUUCAUGUCAUUCGGUCCGAUGAGCAUUGAAACUUGUUCAACCAUGAGCAACUCGACAAUUGUGCAAGUCGAAGCUAAGAGAAUUGCUAAUAAGUUGACAUCAUUGACAAAUCGCUUAAUGGACAGCACGACAAGUUUAGAUUUGGAGAAUGUUCAACCACCAUCGAGUAUGGAUUGCAUCAGUUUAAACAGUUAUCAAGACAUUUCAAUUCAACAAAGUCCAUUGAAGCAAUCAAAGAAGCAACUGAUGAGUGGACUUGUAGCGAGACGGGCAUUAUCAGGGCAACAAAUGUUUAGUGGAAGUGCUGAAAGUGUUAACAUUGAAAAUAUUCGACCACCAAGUAUCAUGGACGAUCUUCUCGAUUCAAUGAUCAGCGUUGAUUCGAUUGUUAGUGAAAUUGUUGAUCCAACAACACUUGGCGGCAUCUCAAACUAUGAAACAGCAAUCAGUGAUAUGGAAGAUAGUUUGACACUCAGAAGUUGUCAAGAUUUAUCGAAAGAUGAUGGAACGUCAUCUGACUUUAGCAGUGUUGAAUCAACCCCAAAAAAGAAAAGAAAUUCGCGAGCUAUGACACCAAAACAGAAGCGACAAUCGGAUAAAGAUCGUUACAAAACGUAUACAAUACAAGUUGACAUGCUUUUGAAGGAACAGCACGAAACCUCGUCAACAGAAUCAAUGAGACGAAGCUUAAAUGCGAGACAAAGACGACAAGAAGAUCGUCAAAGAUUUGAAACUCAAGUCAUAAACUUGUCGUCAUCGUCGCCAUCACGAAGUCCAAGAAGAAAGGAAAAUCCUGAACGUUUUAAAACUUACAACAUUGAAUCUGAUGGAAUUGACGACGAUCCAUCAAUUCGUGAGAUGACAGCAAACUUUGAAUUUCUUCGUAAUAGUGCAAGUAGCAAAGGAAAUUCUUCAAAUAUCGAAACAGUCAACAACAUCAGAGAUAAAUUAAAUCAAAUUCGAUCUGGAAGUGGAAUUAAACUUUCAUCUGUUGAUAGUCUCGAAUAUGAACCACAAACUUCCGAAACCGAAUCGCAACGUGAUUUAAAGAAUUCUUUGAGUGAUCAAAAUUCUUCUGUUGAACAAGAACAAGUGGAAGUUUCUGUGAAAACGAAAUCAACAAAGAAUUCUUAUAUUUCACCAUAUCGAAUGACGACACGACUUACACCGACGAAGAACAAAGCUGUGAAGAUCAUCAAAACACCUACAAUUGCAAAAAUUGUGACAAGAAAUCAAAAUGGCCUCGACUUAAAGACGCAAAGCGCUACAAAGAAUCGUGUAAAGUCAGCACCAUCAUUGAAAACUUCAAACAUCCCAAAAUCAAAUACGCCAGUUAUGAAAGCAAAAGAACCGGAACCACCUGCAAUGCCAAUUCGACAAGGAACAUUUAUUCAAGAUGAACCGACACUUGAAAAUGUUCCCGUUGUCACUGACUUAUCAACAUCACCUUCUAAAGCUUCCGUUUCAAAACUUAAGCCGCCUUCUCGGGUUCCAUCAGCAUCUAAAAUCCCAACAACACCGACAGGCGAUCAGAAGAAGAUGUCACCAAAGAAAGGAGCUUCCAACUUGCCAACUUCCGUUUCAAAUCUUAAAUUCCGAUCAAACAGUAAUGCUUCGAUGAAGACUCCAGUUGUGACACCAGUGAGAAGUAACACGGGGAUAAAUUUGAGCAAUCCUAGAAAGAAUGUCACUAGUAAAAUUGCUGGGAUCUGGAAGAACACGGAGAAGAAAGAAAUUUCAAUAAAAAAACCAAUUUCAACGACUUCAAUCCAAAGCAAAUUAUCCUCCACACCAUCAACUCGAAAGACAAAUGAAGCAGCGAAAGGAACUGAAAGAAUCAAACGAAGUUCAACAUGCGAGGAGAUUGUUUAAAGUCUUUGAAUCCUUUUGUCAUCACAUCCAAAAUGGAAAUCUGUAACUUAAAAAUGUUCCCAUGAUUUUUUUAAAGUGAAAUUAUUAGUUUUAAGUUUUGUGUCUAGUCUCUUAAUCGAUCACAUUCAUACAAUUUUCUAAUGAUUUCUUUUUCAUUCUAUGCAUAUUUAGUGCCAUAAGUAAUUGCUUGAUAAUUCUACAUUGCAUUUAUUUGUUUUAUUAAUCUUGUAUUGUGAGAGAUUUUUUCGUCUAUAAUUUUAUUGAAAGAGCUUUUAUUUGAGAUUUUCUAAUGCUUUUUUAUACAAAAGCUCUUCCUGAGAACUUUUGAUAAAAGCUUGUCUAAUAAGAAAAAAACUCUUCACCAAAUAAUUUCUAAAUUUUCAUUCGAGGUUCUUUAGAAAUUAUUUCGUGGAUUGAAAUUUUCUCUUUGUAAGGAUCCUUAUUCAAGUUUACUGUAAACUUUCAAGUUUUCCUUUUUUAAGAAAUUUAAAGAAUUUAUUGAAAGUUUAUUUAGCUUAAAAGCUUGGCAAUUUUGUUGUGCAUUUUAUUUCUACAAUUUAAAUCAUAAAUUUUACAUUCAUAAAAUCAAAUUGUUCUUUCUCUCUACAUACAUACAUAUAUUUGAACGUUUAAAUGAAAGCUAAUUGUAUUUUGUGAAUCAUAAAAAAAUUGUGAAAUAAAGUUAAAUUAAAUUAAAAUAAAAA